AUGGCUGCCAGCGAGUGUGCCGUUAUACCCUUCUGGUCCACCGAUUUUGAGGCAAAAAGAGAAGAGGCUUGGAACGAGAGCAAGCCUGUUGUCAACUCUCUCCCGAAGCCUCGCAGGGGCGUAGUCACGGCUUUUCUACCAACUUAUGCUUGCUAUAUCCUAAUACAAGCUGUGAUUAAUAAUUUCCCACAAAUGGCCACAUCUUCCACAGCCCAUCAACUAAAAACGAUAUCAAAAUACAGACCGGGAGGACUUGUGUUUUUGCCAGGAAAGGCAGAUAUUGGAAAUACAUUCACGAUUGUGAUACCUCUUUAUGUAUCUGGCAUGGUAAAAGUUGGAGGGCAAGUAGUAGAUACGGACCAUAUCUACCAUAUUUUGAGCGAAUGUUUUGUUGAGAUUCCAGAUGACGGCAAGCUCGCAGCGUUGGUCAUGGAUGAGAUUGUAUGA